GAGGGAGGGGAGGGGCGGUCACAUGAGCAGAACGCUCGGAAAAGACAAAAAUGAGCCAGCGCCUGCCCUCAAAAAGGUUGCAUUCUACUGGGAGAAUAUAGAUGGAACAGAAACUCUAUAUAAAGUAAACCAAACAGUUCUAGUCUCAUCAUGGGCUUCGUCUGGCUCUUCCGAUACCCUCCCAUCCUGUGGGCCUGGAGGACUGUCCGACUGAAGCCAGCCCAGACCUGGGCCCAGCAACUGCUGCGCUGGAAACACUCUGAAGGAGGCCCCUACAAAGCCGUGAUUUUUGACAUGGGUGGGGUUCUCAUUCCUUCUCCCUCCACAGUGGCUGCAGAGUGGGAGGUACAGAAUCGCAUCCCUUCUGGAACAAUCAUCAAGGCCCUAGUCGCUGGUGGGGACAAGGGGCCCUGGCUGAAAUUCAUGAGAGGAGAGAUGAUGGUGGAGGAAUUUCUACAGGCGUUUGGCAUGCAGUGCUCUGAGAUGAUAAAGUCUCCGGUGCCGGUCGACUCGUUUUUUUCUCUGCUGACCAGUAGACAAGUCGCGCAGCAGUUUUCAGUGAUGACAGAAGCAAUAAAUCGAAUCCGGGCAGAAGGCCUGAAGACUGCAGUUCUUAGUAAUAACUUCUAUCUCCCCAAUGGGGAGAGCUUCUUGCCCCUGGACCGGAAACAGUUUGAUGUGGUUGUCGAAUCCUGCCUGGAAGGUAUGUGCAAGCCAGACCCUCGCAUUUAUAAGAUGUGCCUGCAGCGGCUGCAGGUGGAGCCCACCGAAGCCAUCUUUCUCGAUGACCUUGGACAUAAUUUAAAAGCAGCUGCCCAGCUUGGCAUUCACACUAUAAAGGUUAAUGAUGCAGAAAAUGCCUUAAAGGAGCUAGAAACCUUUCUGGGCUUUCCUUUGAGGAAGAUUAUUCCAAACACUCGCUCUGUGAGAAAGACAAUGGAAAUUCCCAGAGAUUCCCUGGAGAAAUACCUCAGAAACCUCCUGGGAAGCCAAGCAGCAGGGCCUGUGGAAGUUCUACAGUUCAGCCACGGGCAGUCCAAUCCGACCUACUCCAUCAGGUUGGCCAGUCACCACUUGGUCCUGAGGAAGAAGCCACCGGGAAAACUUCUUCCCUCUGCCCAUGCCGUGGAGAGGGAAUUCAGGAUAAUGAAAGCCCUCCAGGAUGCUGGAGUUCCUGUCCCCAAAGUCCUUGACCUGUGUGAAGAUCCAAGCAUCAUUGGCACACCAUUCUACUUGAUGGAGUACUGCCUGGGGCAGAUCUACAAGGAAGCCUCGCUUCCUGGCAUGGAGCCCAGCCAGAGGAAGGCCAUCUACACUGCCAUGAACCGAGUGCUGGGUCAGCUUCACAGUGUGGACAUCAAGGCAGCGGGUCUGGAAGACUAUGGGAAGCACGGGGACUAUAUUCAACGCCAGGUUCAAACCUGGACCAAACAGUACCGAACCACUGAGACUGGCACGAUCCCAGCCAUGGAGCGGCUCAUCGAGUGGCUCCCCCAGCACCUGCCCAAGGCACAGAAGACCACAGUGGUGCAUGGAGAUUUCAGGCUAGACAACCUGAUCUUUAAUCCAGAAAAGGCUGAGGUCCUCGCCAUCCUUGACUGGGAGCUGUCCACCUUAGGAGAUCCUCUCUCAGAUGUUGCCUACAGCUGCCUGGCUCACUAUUUGCCAUCUGAUUUUCCUAUCAUCAAAGGUCUGAGUGAUUUGGAUAUUACCCAGCUAGGAAUUCCUACUGCCGAAGAGUAUUUCAGAAUGUAUUGCCGUCACAUGGAGAUCCCUGAAGCUGACAACUGGAACUUCUACAUGGCCUUCUCCUUCUUCCGAGUGGCUGCCAUCCUGCAGGGGGUGUACAAACGUUCACUCAGAGGUCAGUCGAGCUCAGCCACUGCAGAACAAAGUGGGAAAUUGGCUGAAUUCAUGUCUAACCUGGCGUGGGACUUUGCCGUCAAGGAAGGGUUUCGGAUUUUCAAAAGGAUACCGACUACAAGACUGUCGACGAGGUCCUACUGUCAUUGGGCCCAUCGGAGGCCGCUGCUCAUCCCAAGUGGAGCAAGAAGUUGGGCCACAUUUUCCAAGGCAUCUCAGGCUGCCACCUCCAAAGGGGUCCUAAUUAUCUCUCCAGAGGCCCUCUCAGAACCAGUCAGGGAUCUCCAUCACAGGCUGGAGAGAUUCAUGGAAACCCACGUGUAUCCCAUUGAGCAAGAACUGAGAAAUUACCAGAUGUCAGAGGCCAGAUGGACGCCACCUCCACAAAUUGAAGAGCUCAAGGAAAAAGCCAAGUCUGAAGGGCUGUGGAACCUCUUCUUGCCAGUCGAGACUGACCCUGAGAAGAAGUACGGCGCAGGCCUGACCAACCUGGAAUACGCCCAUUUGUGUGAGCUCAUGGGCAAGUCCCUAUAUGCCCCAGAGAUCUUUAACUGCUCUGCCCCCGACACGGGGAACAUGGAGCUGCUGGUGAGGUAUGGGACUGAAGAGCAGAAGACCCGCUGGCUGCUUCCUUUGCUGGAGGGCAAGAUCCGCUCAUGCUUUGCCAUGACGGAGCCCCAGGUUGCUUCAUCGGAUGCCACCAACAUUGAGUCUUCGAUUAGAGAGGAGCAGGGGGUCUACAUCCUAAACGGUCACAAGUGGUGGAUAUCAGGAAUCCUGGAUCCCCGUUGCCAGCUCUGUGUGUUUAUGGGAAAAACAGACCCACACGCCCCUCGCCACCAGCAACAGUCUGUGCUCUUGGUUCCCAUGGAUACCCCGGGGAUCAAAGUCAUCAGACCACUGAGCCUCUAUGGGCUGGAAGAUCCUCCAGGUUCCCUUUCUGUCUCUGCAGGCGGUCAUGGGGAGGUCCUGUUUGAGAAUGUGCAGGUGCCCAAGGAUCACAUGGUGCUGGGUCCAGGCCGAGGCUUUGAAAUCGCCCAGGGCAGGCUGGGCCCCGGGAGGAUCCACCACUGCAUGCGGCUGAUUGGGUACUCAGAGAGGACGCUGACUCUGAUGAAGGAGCGGGUGAAGUCUCGAGUGGCAUUUGGGAAGCCUCUGGCAGAGCAGGGCACAAUUUUGGCUGACAUUGCCCGGUCCCGGGCUGAUAUUGAUCAGGCUAGACUCCUCGUGCUGAAGGCUGCCCAUCUCAUGGAUGUAGCAGGAAACAAGGCAGCCGCGUUAGACAUUGCCAUGAUCAAAAUGGUGGCUCCGACCAUGGCCCAGCGCGUGAUUGACCGCGCUAUCCAGGCCUUUGGAGCUGCAGGACUCAACAACGAUUCUCCCCUGGCCCAGUUUUUUUCCUGGGCGAGAGCACUUCGGCUUGCAGACGGACCUGACGAGGUUCAUAGGACCACAGUGGCCAAGAUGGAGCUAAAGCGCUAGGUUGGGGCAGUGGCGGCGGCAGCAGCAGCCCUACUGCUGCCUGCCACAGUGGGAGGAAUUAGGGAGCUUGGGGAUUCAGAAGGAUACAAUUCAACAUGGCCACUGUGACUCAGAGGGGCCCCUCUUUCAUUGUGUUCAAGCCUGGGAACAAUCCCUGGGAUCUUUGAUUGGCUACAGAACUCCUUGUGAAAAAUACAGGGUCUGAUAAUGCAUGGAAGGCCAGGGCUGUGGCCUGGGGCCUCCCCCGCUCGCUUCCCGCAGGGGCCCCAAAGCUGGCCUUGGGCCUUUGCGGGCCUGCCUGGGAAUCCAGCCGAGCUGGGACGUCAAAGCCCUGAAAAUGUAACCAAGGACAGGCCGAUAAGGCCAGCAAGCCAGACCGGUGCCUUCCUUGGCUCCAUGGUGUCCUCUUCUGCAGUGCGUGCUAAGAGAAUGGCUAAGCCCAAGGGGAAGGGGCAGAAUGUCCAAGGACACUGGAGCUCUGGAGGGAAACUAAAACGUGGCCUGAGACCGUCCCUUAGCCCUUUCAGGGGCUCUUGUGGGGAGGCCAAAUUGUGUGGCCUAGAGAAAAAAUGGAAUGGGGAUUUACAAAAAUAAGGAAAUAAGUGAAUCACUUGGCCUUGGGGCACAUCUUUGAACUGAAAGACCUUCAGAAUAAAGCAUUUUAAUUUUGUCAGCA